UUUACAAACUCUAGUAUUUAUCAUCUGAAAUUUUGACAUUGCGUUCAAGAAUCAUAUACGCGAUCUGUGCUUUCUGUCAGUUAAUGCUUUCUCUUUGUUAUUAGCAUUGGGCUUGUCCCGUUUAUCGCAAGUCUGAUUAUUUCCUUGCAUUUUAAUGAUAUCGAAACAAUUAAAUCUUGUACGAAAUUCAAUAAAGUCGGCUAACGAACGGGCAAUAAUAUUGUAAAAGAAACAUGGACGAUGAUGAUCAGUUCCAACCAGGUUAUGACGUUGAUUCAUUUCCAAAGGAUUUUGGAUAUGCCCCCUUUGAUGGAGAAGCAGAAAUAUCUACGGAUCCUCUAGCUGGAGAACAAAAACCUAGGAUACUUUUAAUGGGUCUUAGAAGAAGUGGAAAAUCGUCUAUACAAAAAGUAGUCUUUCACAAAAUGUCACCAAAUGAAACAUUAUUCUUGGAAAGUACAAAUAAAGUCAUUAAAGAUGAUAUAAGUAAUUCUAGCUUUGUUCAGUUUCAAAUUUGGGAUUUCCCAGGACAAAUUGAUUUCUUUGAUCCUACUUUCGAUAGCGACAUGAUAUUUGGAGGAUGUGGCGCAUUGGUCUUUGUAAUUGAUGCACAGGAUGAUUAUAUGGAAGCUCUAAAUAAACUUCAUUUGACAGUUACAAAAGCAUAUAAAGUUAAUCAAGCAAUAAAAUUUGAAGUUUUCAUUCAUAAAGUUGAUGGACUAUCGGAUGAUUGUAAAAUGGAAACCCAAAGGGACAUACACACAAGGGCUAAUGACGAUUUAGCAGAUUCUGGAUGCGAUCAGAUACAUCUAAGUUUUCACUUGACAUCUAUAUAUGAUCACAGUAUAUUCGAAGCUUUUAGUAAAGUUGUUCAAAAGUUAAUACCACAAUUACCAACAUUAGAAAAUUUAUUGAAUAUUCUUAUAUCAAAUUCUGCAAUUGAGAAAGCAUUUCUAUUUGACGUUGUAUCCAAAAUUUAUAUAGCAACAGACAGUUCUCCCGUAGAUAUGCAAAGCUACGAACUUUGUUGCGAUAUGAUUGAUGUAGUGAUCGAUGUCUCUUGCAUAUAUGGACUAAGAGAAGAUUUAGAAGCGGCAGCGUUUGAUAAUCAAAGUUCUAGUUUAAUUAAAUUAAAUAAUGGCACAAUUUUGUUUCUACGAGAAGUAAAUAAAUUUCUAGCAUUGGUUUGCAUUUUAAGAGAGGAUAAUUUUGACAGGCAAGGUGUUAUAGAUUAUAAUUUCUUAUGUUUCCGUAAAGCGAUACAACAAGUAUUUGAGUUGCGUAAUAAAGCAUUAGCUGCUACAAAUGUAAAUAAUCACUCUGGAUCGCCUGUUAGCAUUAAUGAAUCUUCAAACUUGGCAGUAGUAUCGCAAAGUGGAAUGAUUGGACAAAAUGGUGCUGUACAACUUACACAAAGUUAACUAGAUCCCUUUCAUUAAGAGCUUCAUACAUAAAACUAAAGUAUAGAUCUUUUAACUUUAUUAAUUCUAUUUUAAUGAUCUACCAUUGUAUAUCUUAAAUCAUGUAUAAUUUUAUACAAAUAGCAAAGAAUAUUCCACAAUAAUAUUAGUUGAAAUUCAAUGUGUUUUUAUUGCAAUUUUAUCUUCAAAUAUUAAAAUUUUAUCAUUUUAUAUUACGUCAGGUUUUAAUAAGUAAUGAAUAUAUAUUUUAUAAAAAUCUGUAAUAAAGUUAAUCUCAUGUAUUCUACUAUAUAUGGUGUUUUACCACUUACAUACGUGUUAGAAUUCGAAAUCUUCUAACUGAUUGAGGACCAAAAUUUCUAUUGCAGAUAAUUCAAACCUUUAUAAUUUUCGAAACUCAUGAAAUUUGGAUAAACUUUUAAAGCAAAAUUUAGUCCAUAUUUUUGUAUUUCUUAUUUUUGUAAAAGGAUUAAACUUUCUUUGUUUAAAUAUCAUAAGAGACAUAUAAACAAUUUAUUUACAUUUUUACAUGAUCAAAUUGAAAAAAAAACAUUUCUAUAUAAUUACUAGAUAGAAGAUAUCGAUUUAUGAUGUAAAUGAUAAAACACUUUAUAUAUAUAUAGACACACACACACACAUAUGAUAGAUAAUUAUUCUCUGAUGCAAAUAUCCUAAUAUUAAUUAUAAACAUAACAUAUAUAUAUAUACAUAUAUAUAUACAUAUAUAUAUAUAUAUAUAUAUAUAUAUAUAUAUAUAUAAUUUUAUGUAAAUUGUAAAAUGUUAUCGUUAUAUCUGUGCUUUGUAUAAUACAAAUGAAUAAUAUUUAAUUUACAAAAUCAAACAUAAAAUUUCAUCUAAAUACCGAUAAUCGAUUGGUCAAAAUUCAAAAGUGUCGAACUGAUUGGUUCUAUGAAAUAUCGAAUUAUCAUAUGCGAUUUAUCGAAAAUCGCAUAUGAAAAAUACUUCAUACUUAUGAUUCGAAUUUUUAUUUUUCUAACUUUACAAUGUAUUUAUAAUUAUAUUAAAUAUUAUAAAGGAUAAAUUAUUUCUUAAGAAAUAAGAAAUAAGAAAUACGUAACGCAAUCGUAUAUCAAAACCUAAUUAAAUUAGACAAGGUUCAUUUUUAUCCGAUAAAACAUUAAGGACUAGUUGCAUUAAAAAUAUUAAAUGUGUUAUUGCUUUGUAUAUUAUAUCGUAUUGACAAAUGAAUAAUUAUAUUUGUAAUAAAUGUUAUUCUACGAAAAGCAAAAGAAAGAAAGCAUUUAGAAUAACUCAAUGCGGGCACAUAUUUUGUGGCAAUUGCCUAGACGAAGGUAUUUAUUUAAAACUUACUAUUAGAAAUAAAGUAUCUAAUUGCAAUAUAAGAAA